AUGAAAGACAAAGCAGAUAAAGAUCUUCUAUUCUAUUAUAAAUCUUCUUUAAAAAUUGGUGAAGCUGAAAGAUACAUCAUUACUUAUAAUUUAUAUGAAGGAGAUGAGAUUCCCCUGGAUAUUACCUUGAGUUCACUGUGGAUGAAAUUAAAGAAUUUAGAGCCACUGCCCCAUAGGAUGGCGUACUUAAUGGGUCCGUUUACCUUAUAUUGUGACCUUCGAUUAGCAGAUUAUUCUCACAAUAAAAAAAUUAUAUCAUCUAUUGACAAGCCAAAAUUUAUCUCUAACCUACAACCUCAGCAGAGUAAUAUUUGUGAAUUAUCUGUGCAUACGAUUGAAAAAAAAAUAGUUUGGAUUGUCGAUAUAGUAAGUCAAAUAUUAUUUACUACCAAUAGCACAACAUGUUUUGAAAUUCUAUUAGGUGAUUCCAAAGACUCAUUAAACAAUGCCAAUUUUUCCAAACAACCGGUACUAUCAAGUUCAGCAAAUGUUUUUGUUACAAGAUUAACUUCUUUAGAUUUGUGGAAUUUACCUCAACAAUUAAGCGUUCAAUUAACCUCUAAUAACAAAAAUCAAUUGUCUAAUUCAAUAACAGUGCCUUCGAAGUCGAAAAAAAAGCAUCUGAUUGUAUUAACACACGGUUUACAUUCGAAUGUUCCUACAGAUAUGUCAUAUAUAAUGGAACAACUUUAUUCAACACAAAAGAAUUUCCCAAAUGAACAAUUGAUCGUAAAAGGCUAUUCUAAUAAUGUUUGUCAGACUGAAAAAGGAAUUAAAUUUCUUGGCACAAAUGUUGCCAAGGCAAUUAUUAACGACUGGUAUGAUGAAGAUGUUGUGAAAAUUUCAUUUAUUGGCCAUUCUCUUGGUGGGUUAGUCCAAACAUUUACAAUUGCAUAUAUUUCUGUCAUGUAUCCCUGGUUUUUUGAAAAGGUUGAGCCAAUUAAUUUUAUUACAUUAGCAUCACCGUUAUUGGGUAUAUUAACUGAUAAUCCUCAAUAUAUUAAUUUUUUUUUGUCAUAUGGUGUUAUUGGUAAAACAGGACAAGAAUUGAGUCUUGAAAAUGAUCCGAUAAUGAACUCCCCGUUAAUAUAUUUAUUAUCUGGUGAACCUGUUAAAAAGAUCUUGAAACUAUUUAAAAGGCGUACCAUUUACGCAAAUGCAAUUAAUGAUGGUAUCGUACCGUUAUACACUGCAUCUUUAUUGUUUUUAGAUUAUGAUGAUAUUUUAAGGAAUUUAAGAAAGUUGGAAAAUACUUCUGAUCUUACUAUUAAUGAUAAGAAUUGGAAUGGUAACCCUACUAUAAAUGGAAGCCCGAAUUCUGUAAAUUCUACUAUGUCACAACCGUUAUUUAAAAUAUUACGUCACCAAUCUCUAGAAUGUGGAGUAUAUUUUUCCGCACAGCAAUCAAAUCUAAGAACUACAUCAGUACCAGAAGUACCAGAUCAGCAUGAUAUAUGCGGAUCAAAUAGUGCAACAGCUUCUGGUGGUAAUGAAGAACAAACCUUGUCUCAAUCAAAUGAAUUCCCGCCUAAGACACCCAUAAAAUCUGCAUCAACUUCUAAUUUACCUUCAAAAUUAACUAAAUCCUCAAUUCCUAAGAUAUCUUUUUUCGAAUCAGCAGCCAGUGUAUUGAUGCCACCCAUCCCUGAAAAUAGUUAUAUAUCAGAUCCUAAUUCAAGGUCCAGUAUUAUAUUGCAUGAUAAAAUAUAUACCGAUGAGGAUAUUCCACCGUUAGAUGACAAUGAAUAUGGUGAUAGUGUUUACAAUGGGAGUAGCAACAUACUACUAAGAGCAUUCAAGAUCUCGUCUACUAUCAAUGGGAAUAGAAAUACAAAAGAACAAAAACUGGAAGAAAAUAUUGCUCGAAGAUGGCAUGAAGGAUUAUCAUGGCGUAAAGUAAUCGUAGCAUUGAAGCCAGACGCACAUAAUAACAUACUUGUACGAAGAAGAUUUCCAAACGCAUAUGGAUGGCCUGUGAUUGAUCAUCUCAUACAAGCCCAUUUCGAUGGGUCAUCUACAACCUUGGAACAAGAUAGCUCACAAUUGAAUGCAAUUAUCAACACUGCUCAGAACACUCCAUCCUCUAAGAAGCAUGGGAUAGAGCCUAACAAGAAAUAUGCCUGGAUCACACGCCAGGAAAAUCCCAGCAUGUUUGAUGAAGGUCCUACAGGUAUGAUCUCUACCGUAGGUGAGAUGCUUGAAUCUAUGAAAAAGAAAUCACAGAGACAAAUGUCAUCUCAGGGCAACUCUAUUCAUGCUGAAUCUCAACCAAAUGGAAUAAACGAGAUAAGCGAACUAGAUGAACUGGAUCAAAUAGAUUACCCCAACUUGGCAAACUUAUCUUUUGGUAACAUAUGA